AUGCCUACCUACGAAGCCACCUCCACCGCGCCCGUCAACAUUGCAGUCAUCAAGUACUGGGGCAAGCGCGAUACCGCCCUCAUCCUCCCUACAAACUCCUCGCUCUCCGUCACGCUCGACCAGGACCACCUCCGCUCGCAGACCACCUCGCGAUGCGACGAGUCAUUCGAGAAGGGGGACAGGCUUUGGUUGAAUGGGAAAGAGGAGGCGGUCAAGGCGGACGGGCGAUUGGGGGUGUGUAUUCGGGAAUUGAGGAAGAUGAGGAGUGAGGUCGAGCAGGGAGAUGAGAAGCUGCCAAAGCUGUCCCAAUGGCCCCUGCGCAUAGCCUCAUACAACAAUUUCCCUACUGCCGCCGGUCUCGCUUCGUCCGCAUCCGGCCUCGCCGCCCUCGUCGCCUCCCUCGCCCAGCUCUACGAGCUCCCCCAAUCCCCCUCCCUCCUCUCCUGCAUCGCCCGUCAAGGCUCUGGCUCGGCCUGUCGGUCCCUCUUCGGUGGCUAUGUCGCCUGGCGCGAAGGCACCUCCUCAGACGGGUCCGACUCACUCGCCGAGGAGGUCGCGUCCCGGGACCACUGGCCCGAGAUGCACGCCCUGAUCUGCGUCGUUUCCGAUAAGAAGAAGGGCACGUCCUCCACUUCCGGGAUGCAACGGACGGUCGAAACUUCCCCUCUGCUCCAACAUCGCCUCACCCUCGUCCCCGGCCGUAUGAAGGAGAUGGAGUCGGCUAUCGCUUCUCGGGACUUUGACGCCUUUGCGGCGCUCACCAUGGCCGACUCGAACAACUUUCACGCGGUCUGCCUGGACACCUCCCCUCCCAUCUUCUACCUCAACGACGUCUCGCGCGCACUCAUCGGUCUCGUCGAGGAACUCAACCGCGCGAGCAAGGAAGCGACCGGACACCUCAUUGCGGGGUACACGUUCGACGCGGGACCCAACUGCGUCAUCUAUGCCCUCGAGGGCAACAUUGCCACGGUGAUCAGGGCGGUGCAGAGGUAUUUCCCGACCGAGGCGGCGUUCCCGGAUCCGUUUGGCGUGCUGGGAGGGAAGGAGGCUGGGGAGGUGGAUGUCAAGGGGUUCAAUGUCGAGUGGAGCUCGGCGUGGGACAAGGGGAGCGUCAAGAGCUUGAUUCAUACGCGGGUGGGAGAUGGGCCGAGGAAGUUGGGCCAGGAGGAGAGUCUGUUGAAGGAGGAUGGGACGCCAAAGACUGUGGUCUAG